UUGAAUGGAUCGCGUGGAAUGCGCAAAGCAUUUGCCGCUCGUCUGCGGUGUAACAUCACUUGCCACAAAAUCUGUCAGGGGUGCGUCGUAAGACUCCACAGUCUAGGUUACAACGCGUGCAUGGGUUUCUUUCCAGUAGUGCAACAAGUUUGCAGAGGGCUACUACAAGUCGUGAAAUCAGUCACCGCUCACACUGUCUCCCAGUGAAUGAGCGCGCACCGGUUGGUGAUCUUGGAAGUGCGCACCAGUAUUACCAACGUCGCCGUAGAGAAAAUCGACCUAUUAGAGUGACAGAAUAAUCGUUUAUUCUCCUUCCGUCGCUACUGGUUAUUGCAAACAGUAGUAUAUGGUCGAGAAAGAGUCAUGAGGGGUUUAGAAGCAAAUAAAGAGUCCCGGAGCGCGGCGAAAAUGGAGAGCGACAGCGGUCCUGGAAAGCGGCGGCACUGUCUGAAAGCUCUCGUGGAUGUGAUACCGUUUGUGUUUUCUGUUGUGUCCUUCGCCUUUUGCUUUUUGCUAAGUGUUCAGACCAGUGAGAUUAAAGACAGAGUUGUGGAUUUGGAAAGUGGAAGUGAUGCGCGCCUAUUAAGUCCCUUUCAUGCUCUCACUAUGGAUGAGUUUAAUUCAAUGUUACAGGAGAGAUUGGACAAGCUACUGUCACAGCGCUCUUAUGAACACAUGGCUAGAGUGAGGACUGUCCGGCAAACCUCACCAGAAUGCAACUGCCCACCAGGUCCACCAGGAAAAAGAGGAAGAAGAGGACGCAACGGAGACCCUGGACCUCCUGGUCCACCUGGUCCAAAAGGCGAAAAGGGCGAUCAAGGCGAUCAGGGACCACGGGGACUUCCUGGUCCACCCAGUCUGGCUGCAUUGCACAGCAAUCAAAUCCUGACUGUGAAGAUGGUCUUCCCUAAGAUCAAUCAUGGCUUUCUUUCUGCUGAUCAGCAACUCAUUAAACGUCGACUCAUUAAGGGUGACCAAGGACAAGCGGGGCCCCCGGGACCUCCUGGGCCUCCGGGACCCCCUGGCCCCCGCGGUCCCCCAGGGGACACAGGGAAAGAUGGUCCUAGGGGAGUCCCAGGGCUUUCAGGAGACCCUGGAAGUCCAGGCGAGACUGGUCCAAUGGGACCUGAGGGCCCUCCGGGACUAAAGGGUGCCAUUGGUCCACCAGGUAUUGAUGGAAUGAAGGGAGAUAUGGGUAUGCCAGGAUUAGAUGGAAUCCCUGGCGUCAAGGGUGACACAGGUGAACGGGGUGAAAAGGGAGAUACGGGAGAGGAAGGCCCGAAAGGUGACACUGGCGAGAAGGGUGAUUCAGGAUCAUCUGCAGCCGGGAUCAAGGGUGAGCCGGGCGAGCCAGGACGUGGAGGACUAAAGGGAGAGCCAGGACUUCCAGGGCUGCCUGGACUCCCCGGGAUUAAGGGUGAACCUGGUUUCUAUGGGCCUCAAGGUGAGCCUGGUCUACCAGGCCUGCCAGGGACGAAGGGAGAAAGAGGAGAACUAGGGCCACCUGGUAAAGGUGAGCGUGGAGAGCAAGGUCCAUUAGGACACAAGGGAGAGCCAGGGGAAGCAGGAACUCCAGGCCCUAAAGGUUCAAAGGGGGACACAGGCGACAAAGGAGAUGUUGGCCCAACAGGACCACAGGGUCUAGCUGGAGAGAAAGGUGACCAGGGUACAACGGAAAUCAUUGACUACAAUGGAAACAUACAAGAGGCUCUUCAGAAGAUAACUACUAUUACAGUUACGGGCCCACCUGGACCUCCUGGGCCAGUUGGACCAAAGGGAGUGAAGGGUGAUCAGGGUGUUCCUGGACUUCCCGGCCUGGAUGGAGAGCGGGGCCACAAAGGUUCAAAAGGUGACAUGGGAAUGCCGGGAAUAUCAGGAGAAAAAGGGGCAAUGGGAAUGCCAGGCUUACAGGGUGUGAAUGGUCUGAAAGGAGACAAAGGAGACGCCGGCCUUCCUGGCCCUCAGGGACCCUCAAUUAUUGGGCCGCCGGGGGCACCGGGGCCACAUGGACCACCUGGCCCCAUGGGUCCUCAUGGGGUCCCUGGGCCAAAGGGGGAACCCGGGUUGCAUGGUGUCAAAGGAUUGCGUGGGGAGCCUGGGCAUAAGGGUGACAGAGGACCCCUGGGUCUCCCUGGAGCAUCUGGCUUAGACGGCAAGCCGGGACCCAGGGGUAUGGAUGGACCACUUGGUGCUUCUGGUCCAGCGGGUCCAAAGGGAGAUAGAGGUGAGAAGGGUGAUGUUGGUGAUCCUGGACCCAGAGGGCCAUAUGGGUUACCUGGAGCUGCGGGGACACCAGGAAUGGAUGGGUUGCCAGGCUUAAAGGGAGACAAGGGUGACGAGGGGGAAAGAGGAGAAAAGGGGGAGAAGGGAAAGAAAGGCAAAAAAGGGCCUAAAGGGGAGAAAGGAGAACAGGGUGCCCCUGGAUUAGAUGCACCCUGCCCAUUGGGUCCAGAUGGACUUCCAAUGCCAGGCUGUUGGCAGAAGGGCGUCACGCCUUGGCUGGUGGCUUGAGAACGUGAUCGUUUUCUCUGGAAAAGUGUGAUUGCUGGUUUUCUUUAUUUGCAUGGAGGUCUGGCCUGUCGUGCAUCAUUGUCGCACACAGAGCCUGUCAAUGUGACGACUUGCAUUGUGAGAAGAACAGAUCCACUGUACUUUCCACGGCCACUCCUGAGAGGUUUUCCGGAUGUGCCUACAUGUUUGAAUCUCGGAAAUACUUAAGUAGGAUGGUGUACGUGAUGAUGCACGGAAAGUCGGUACGUUUAUCCCUCCACCAGCAAAGCCAUCUUUGUUAACUCUUUAAAUGGGUUGUUUUGGUAGCAUUGAGCUGCACAGCCUAAUCUACUGAGAACAGAAGGAUGGAUCUCAAAGACUUUUGUGUUAAUAUUUUGAUUUGCUCAUUUUGUGUAUUAUAGCCUUUGGUGCCUGAAAUCAUUUGCUAUUCAUUCCUUUAUUGGAAACAGUUUAUAUGCUUUGAGUUGUAGAUAUGACAUUUCAGAGUGUAUUUCGGUAUUGCAGCUAUAAAGGCUCACAGGUGCCAUUCAUGCACUGUAGGAGCAGAAGUCAAGAAUUAAAGUGAUUUUUUUCAUAGCUUAAGAAGGUCAAAGGGAGUGUUUUUACCUAACUACGUACAUACAGUGGGUGUUAAAUGUUAAAGAUCUGUAGGUAAAGGUGAACCAACAGGUUUGUGACGGUUUAUUUACCACAGUUCAAAAUGCCUCUACUUUGUGUCCGUUUCACAAAAACCUAAGCUAUCGGUACUAGUAAACACAUACAGCAGACCCUGGUCCAUAGUCAGCAAUGAUUUACAUUUUAUAUAUCAUAUAACAACCAGUUCCACUACAUUCCGUUAUCCAUCAAAAAUGCAAACUUAUCAUUUUUAAUCAUGUAUGAUUACAGCUUUUAUACCAUUGAAAUGUUUAAAGGACGCCACAAGCUACAGUAUUAAAUAAGCAUGCAUAAUGUUAAUAUGUUUUAUCCGUAUGGAGGUGUCUUUCAAACCUAUGAUGGGCAUUUAAGUUAUGAAAACCUCAAUGCAGAAAACGUUGGUAGUUUUGUUGUGUAUGUACUGAAUUUAAAGGUGCAGUGUGUAAAUUUUAGAAGGAUCUUUCGACAGCAAUGCAAUGUAAUAUAGAUAACUAUAUUAUCAGUGGUGGAUAUAGACCUUAUAGAAUAAACUGUAUUGUUUUUAUUACCUUAGAAUGAGUCAUAUUUAUCUA